AUGUCUCGCCACCACCCCGACCUCGUCAUGUGCCGCAAGCAACCCGGCAUUUCCAUCGGCCGCCUGUGUGACAAGUGCGAUGGUAAAUGCCCCGUGUGCGAUUCCUACGUGCGCCCGACCACCCUCGUCCGCAUCUGUGACGAAUGCGCCUUCGGAAACUACCAAAACAAGUGCGUCGUGUGCGGCGGUGAAGGAAUCAGUGAUGCAUUCUACUGCUUUGAAUGUACACGCCUGGAGAAAGACCGCGACGGAUGCCCCAAGAUUAUCAAUCUGGGAAGUUCCAGGACAGAUUUGUUCUAUCAAAAGAAAAGUUUCAGGAAUCAAUGA